CAAGAUGGAGGCCAGGCUAGGUACAGGGGUUUAGUUCAGCAGCCAUGGCGAUAGGAGGAACAACAGCUGCCCGCCUCGCUGGGUCCCUCGUGCUCCUGACCGUGGGCGUAUUGGGCAUGCCUACCCCCGGUCCGUGCCCCCAGCCUACCCAUCUGAUCCCCGGCAUUGCGGAAGGCCUCCCCACCCUCACGCCUCCCAGCCCGCACAUUAAGUUGUCAGUCCGCGUUGGGUACAGCAGAGGCUACAACGGGGCACAAAAGUACGGUGUGAGGUUGGUCCCUGCCUAUGUGGAGUCUGACCUGUGCGUGGAUAUAGCUAAUGAGACUGACCCUUCUUCAAGCUCCGCCCUCUGCUAUAGCCACACCGAGAUCUCCCUGCCCACCAAGAGCCAUAACUUCCUGGGCGUGGGGUCGAACCUGGUCGAGAUGAGACAUUACCUCCGGCGCAGCGCUGAUGGCCGUGCCGGGGAUAUGCUGGUGAUAGGCGUGGUGUGCAAGGCCUACCCGCCCGUCAACCCGCCCCAGACCAACCUUGUGGAUAGGGCUCUCGUGUCCGACUUGGGGCGCUUGUUGGUCGGUCAAGUCAACAUCGUGGCCUUCGACUUCACGAACCUGCUGCCCUCGCCUGCCCAUAAUUUGCCCUUCUACCAAUACAGGGCGGGUCAGGGGGAGCAUUGCGAGAUGGCUGACUGGGUGGUGUACGCGGCCAAGCUGCGCGUCUCCUCGUCCCUGGUGGAGGCGCUCAAGACUCACUACAAGAAUAACCAAACCACUGCUACGGAUACCACUGAUACUACUACUACUUAUACUACUACUACUUCAGACUCCCCGGCGGUCUCUCCAAUUCUGUAUAGGCCACAGGGAACUCCUCCUAUCGUCCCUGACCACCACCAGGAGUCUCCACCAGCAGCAAAGGUCUUGAGUGGCACAGACCUCGACCCCUUCUUCCGCAGCCGCUCCGCCUACGCUCACCCGCCCUCCAACCAGAUCAUUCUAGUCGUGGAACCCGAAUCCGCCGACGACGAGGCCGCCAAACUUGAAUCCGCCAAUCACGAGAGCGAUACUUCCUCGGACACUCCUCUCUUCCGCAGGCACGGGAGGGAGGUAGAGGAGACUGUCACUACUUCUACUUCUUCGGCGUCUCCCACCGCGGACUUCGCUUCGGUAGACUCUGAAAUUGAUGAGAUUCUAACGAAGGCUACUGCUCCUGCAAUUACUACUGAAACUACCUCUACUACUACUGAAUCUACAACACCUACCACUACUACUACUACUACUGCUCCUGCAAUUACUACUGAAACUACCUCUACUACUACUACUGAAUCUACAACACCUCCCACUACUCCCACUACUACUACUACUACUACCACCACUACGGAAAAGCCAAUUUAG